AUGUGUAGCAACGAAGAAGAAGAAUGGACGGCCCAGCGGGACGGGCCACUGUCAGUCCCACUUGCUCGGAAUUGGAAGUUGUCCUCCUGGGUCUGUCUCCAUGAUCCGCGCUUCCUCGGCCCUCGCAUAGCUGGAAGCACGUCACGGCCUGGUCGACAGCGAGCGGAGAGAACUCAUCAUGGUGGCCCGCGGAGCCAGUUCGGAGGCCAUCUUGACGGUUCCCCGGAGACUGCACCGGAUGGGUUGCAAGCCAUCACCGUGAGCGAUGAUGUCGGUGGGGACUUGGCACAGCCCCUGGCCCGGGUUAGCCAAGUCAACCUCCGGCAGACUAUUUGUAGGAUGUACAGCCCUGGGGUCAAACUCCGAACUCUGUCAAUGCGCCGUAGUCUUUUCGGCGGAGCUUCCCGCAGUCAACCAGGCGGUGAUGAUGCGUCGCUACAGAUACAAUCAUAA